GUUGAUAAAGAAAUUUAAAAUCGAAAAUUUUCAAAAUAUUUUGUUUUUGUUUCUGAUCUUCUGCUCUCAAUUAGGUUUUUAUUUCUCACGAUUCUGUUUCGAAUUGGAUCCGAGUUCGAAAUGGCUAAAGCUUCAACCGAUCAAAUCCCAAACGCCGGCAGAUGGUGACCGACCAAAUCUAUCUCGUACUUUCAAGUACUUACUAGCUACACACAGUUCUUGUCAAGAGGAAUUCCAUUCAUAUUCAAUUCAUGGAUCGUCAGGCACCUCACUGAGGAGGACUAUGCGGUAUUGCCUGCAAUAUCUUUACGCAGUUCAGUUCCAUCUGUUUGUCACAUUUGUCUUUCUUAGUCGUGAGGAGUUUCGUUGAGCUUGCAUGCGUGCAGAUCUUAAAUGUGAUUGUUCUUCAACAUUGGAAAAUGCUGCAAAAUCAUUGAAAGUAGCUUGGAUAACUCUCCCACUAGCUGUAGUUGUUACGGCUGCGGCUUGCUUUCUCAUCUUCUGGUGGCAAGGACUAAGUUAUCCAGACCCAUAUGUGCAAGUUAUUUUGAUUAAUGGCUGGGCAUGCAUCUUGGAGCUAUUGGCAGAACCAUUAUUUAUCCUUUCUCAAACCAUGCUUCUUCUCAAACUGCGUUUAAUGGUUGAAACUGCAGCUACAUUUUCACGAUGUGUAACAAUGUACAUUCUCAUUGCACAUCACACGGACAUGGAGAAAGGAAUUGUCUUUGCACUAUCACAAACUGCACAUGGAGCAAGCUUGUUCAUUGGCUACUGGUCUUAUUUUCUACUCCAAAAUGCACUUAAAAUUUCUGAUAUUUUUCCUUUCAGUUUUGCAGACAAGGAAACGUCAUGGAUUAUGAUAAGCAGCUUUUGGACAUGUGUGUGCUGUUUACUUUUCAAUCCUUCCACAAGCUAAUCCUGCAAGGAGAAAAGAUGGUCCUUGCGUGGUUUGAUAUGCCAUAUAACCAAGCUGUAUAUGAACUUGUUGAUAAAUUAGGGAGCUUAGUGGUUAGAUUGGUGAUUAAUCCAUUUGAAGAAAGUUCAUGUGCCACUUUUGCCAGGACAGUCUCAACACAAAUACAAUAACUUGGGAAAUUGCCUCUUAGAGGCCCUGAAGCUUGUUUUGCUAAUUGGGCUUAUAUUUUUGGCUAUGGCCCAAGUUACUCAUAUUCUCUAAUCUGAUUAUUGUAUGGUAAAAAAUGGAGUGAUGGAGAAGCUUCAGUUGUCCUGUGUUAUUAUUGUCUUUAUAUCAUGGUUUUGGCUAUGAAUGCAGGAACUUCAGAAGCAUUUCUACAUGUAGUGGCUACAGAGAACCAACUCAAAUGCUCAAAUGAUUCUUUGCUUAUAUUUUCAUUGAUAUACAUAGUGCUGAAUGUCAUAUUGAUAUGAUCAGCUGGUGCAGUUGGUUUGAUUCUUGCAAAUUCUUUGAGUAUCCUUAUGGCGUUAUAGUUAUUUUGCAUGACCAUCACCAUAUGAUUUAUUCCUCUUUGUCCUUCUUUGUCCCAAGGUCCUUUUAACAUUUGUUUGAGCAUUAGAUUUAGCACCAUCCUUCUAAGUGGUGAUUAUAAUUGGAUUGGUGCAAUUGCAUUGUUAUCAGUUCCCGCAAAUGGUCACUUUCUAUUAGACAGCAAUUAUUUUAGAUUGAAGCAAAUGCCUCUGUUUCCUUGACUAGCAAAUCGAUAUGAUUUUGAGAAUUAUUUAUUCUGCAGUAUUCAUCAAGCAUUAUUUCUAGGAUCCUUCCUCGUUUUCUUUUCGCAGAUGCUUGCCUUCAGGUUGGACCAUUCUGUUGUGUUCAGGUGCAGCUACUCUUAUUUCUGAGAAACUAUUUCUGGACCAUGAAUGUUUCUGGCAAAUGUUUCCAAUCCAUUUUCUGAUUGGGUUCACUUUCUUCUGCUUGUCAUCCUUUGUCAUCUAUUGCCAUGAGAGGCCUUUUACCAACAAAAUCAUCCAUUUCCAUGAUCGCAUGGACUGAGGAGCCAAGGCUUGUCACAACUGCAAGAACUGCUUUUGAAGACAUAAACAGACAAGGAGAGGCGACAGAGCAUGAAACUGCAUCAUAUAUAUACCGAUAUGACCCCUAAAGAACUUUGUAUUUUUUCUGACUGUCCUCUAAACCUUAGUGAAUAGAUUUGGAUUUUAGGGGAAGGUGAGUGGUACUCAUAUAGGACAAUGGAGGUUUACAGUUUUCAGGGCCAGAGAAUUAUAGGGCUCAUCCUGCUGUAGAUAAUGCCUGUUGGAAUCUGUUGUUCUUGAAUAGUUUUAGGCCAUUACUUUUCUGACAUUUUUUGUUCAUGUAACUGAGUCCUGAAAUUCAUUGAAAUUCUGUCCAAAAGGAAAAUAACUUAAAAAUGGGUUG